AUGGAGAUUGAUAGUCGAGCAGAUUCAACGCCGUCGCAGGCGUACCUGGAUGCGAACAUCGGGUAUCGUCUUACUGGUGUGGCAAUUGCCAUGCUGCCUAUCACCGCCUUUUUUCUGAUACUUCGAUUCUACUCCCGCUCUCUGACCAGGACUCCCUGGGGCUUGGAUGAUGCACUGGCCGCUAUUUCUGGAGUCGUUACAGUGGGCUUAUCUGCCCUUGCUAUCUGUUUCGUGAAAUAUGGCGGCGUUGGUCACCACCUCGAAGCAUUGGCCCUGGAACAACCCAGCAGAGAACCGAAAUACUUUAUAUGGCUGUUGAUAGUAUCUACAUACUAUUACUCCACAGUCGCCUUCCCUAAACUGGCAGUUUUGGCGCUCUACGGCCGUCUAUGGACGGUCAACCCAUACCGGACUAUAAUUUUGGUCUUAGGAGCAGUCAUUUCUCUUACCGCUGUUGUGUCCGAUGUCGUCAUGCUUGCUAUGCCAGUACCUAUUGUUUGGAACUUGAAUGUUUCAAUGAAAGUCAAAUUAGGUCUCACGCUGACCUUCGCGACUGGUUUCAUGGGUCUUGUGACUUCAAUAAUGCGAUUCGUCAUUUUCGCGAGAGGAAACGCUGUAAAAGACGGAUCCUGGUCAUCCACUGAUCUCAUGGCCUGGAGUGUCGCUGAGCCAGAUAUCUAUCUAAUCAGUGCCUGUCUUCCUACAUUACGUCCUAUCUUGUACAAACUAUUUGGCAAGGACGGAUCUACUGCCAACUCCACAUCACGAUAUGGAGAGCGAUACGGAGGCACGGGAGGGUCCAGAGGUAACUCCAAGGCAAAUCCCACAUCCUACAAUGAGACAGGGCUGUAUGGAGAUGAGGUUCAGCUUGUCUCGGUCGUCGGCAAGGAAUCGAAGGAACGCAUGAGCGAUCAUGGUAUAUAUGUACAGCGAGAGGUAAACGUGGAAGUCAGCGAGCACUGA